UACAUGUAGUUAGGAGCGUGUGUGUACGCGCUUUAAGAGGCAAGGGAGGGGAGUGGAGAAACAAACAGGGGUCCAAUUGGAAAACUACAGUGUUUUACGGCUGUCGCGUCACCGUUGAACUCACAAUAUCCAUAUAUUCGUACGCACAAAAAAAAAAAACUACCGAUUUUCUUUCACCAAUCUUUAAAAUUUGAAAGAGAAGGUCUUCUACUACUUAACUUAGCCUUGCUAUCGGGUUGUUUACAUUAAUUUGAUUAGAUUACUCUAGUGUGGGAAAAUCAACAACAGUAAUACUAGCUAUACAAUAUAUAUAGUUAGUAGUAGUUUCUAUAUUUUAAAUCUUCCAUAAUUCUUAGUUUCUUUGAAACUGACACAAACUAUGCGAAGGAGGAGAAGGAACAACCUCACGCACUUGGACCAAUGCUUCUCAAAUUUCAUAAACCCUUUCAUUCUUCAUCAAUCUCAAUUAUCCUCUAAUAAUAAUAAUUCCCCGCCAUCAUCCAUCGUCAAUCACGAUCGCCACCAGAUCAAUCACAACCGUCCAUCAUCAUCAACCUCAAUCAUCAAGAACUUCAACACUAUCUACGACAAUAACACCACCGAACCCGAACCCGAACCUGCAGACUUCGCCACCGCAUUUGCCUCCCAACGCUUCUUCUUCUCCUCCCCCGGCCGAUCCAACUCCAUCGUCGAAUCCACCCCGUCCUCUUCCUCCUCUUCAUCACUAACUUCGUCGUUAACCACCACUGCGCCGGCGGAAGCUUCCUUGGCUUCGGCCGGCGACGAAAGUAAGGCGGUGUUGUUUGAGGGGAGCGUGGCGGUGCCGACGUACUCGCCGGAUCCUUACUUGGACUUCCGGCAAUCCAUGGAGGAGAUGGUGGAGGCUCGACCGGAGCUCAUGGCGGACGUGAAGUCCAACUGGCACGUGCUGCAGGAGCUUCUGAUGUGCUACCUUGCUCUGAACCCGAAGAGCACGCACAAAUUCAUUCUCGGUGCCUUCGCUGAUCUUCUCGUUACACGCAUGGCGUUUUCUGACGGUGGCGGUGGCGGUGGCGAAGAAUAAUAAGUUGUGUGGGUACGUAACGUAAUUACUCUAUCUUGCAUAUGUAAGUUGAGAAGGUAACACGUGGGUGACAGAUAAUCAUUGUCUCAUUAAUUAAUGCUCUCCCUUCACCAAUCA